AUGCUCGUUUACGGCGCCAUGGAAGGGAUCAAGUGUCGCAAAGCAGCCACAGCACAAACAAUGACCAAAGACGCUGUGUACAAUCCUUUUGCUCACCGCACUACUAGUGUCUGCCCCAAGGACGCACCGUACGACGAUCCUCUCGACGCCAGCGAUUCCAGUCUCAAUUUGGAGAACAUGAACGACUGCUGUUCAUCGACCAAAAAGUCGGCUGCCACGACGGUCAAGAUUCUGUCGCUCGUCUUGGUCGGCUUUGCCGCGGGACUCUUGUAUCAUUUGGUGAUAGCUUCGCAAUCAACGACUGCUCCAGUGUCGUCUCUGACCGAAGUAAUGGAAGAACACGAAUUUCUGACGGACGAUUUGAUCAAGAAAUUGGCGUCGGCCAAUCAAUUUCAAGAACAAGAAAUUGCCGCCCUCAAAGAACUCCUUGUCCAGCAAGAAGCAGACCGACGUUUGGAACAAGAACGCAUUCGACAAGAACAACACGAGGAAGAAAUGGCACGACGACGCAUGGAAGACAAUGAACGACAAGAACGGUGGCGUCGACAACAAAUCCAACGACGACGCGAUCAACAAGUGCGAGACGAACGACAACGACAUCACGAUGCGUUGGGCGUGUACGUUCCUCCAAUGGAACAGCCGCGAGGCAUGGACGCGGAACAACAGUAUCAACAACACUAUCACGAACAAUUCCCACAACCAGCCAAGAAGAUAUUCGACAUGACCAAUCCACAAGUCGCGCAAGCAAAGAUUGUGGGACACAUUGAUCAAGAAUCGGGUCAAUUUGUGCGGCACGAACGAACCAAUCUUCGUGGAAACAACAAUCCUCCUCAGUCAUAG